AUGAUUACAGAGGCCAAGAGGUCCCAGUAUGUUGUCUGUGAAUUGGAGAACCAGGAAAGCUGGUGGAAUGGUGGUAUGAUUCAGUCUGAGUCUGAAGGCCUGAGAGGCAGAGCACCUAGACUGCAAGCCUUUGAGGAUAAGGAACUGACAAUAGAAAGGAACGGACAAAUUAAACCAGGUAACUGUAUAACAGGUAUGCUCCUUGCCCGACUUGAAGGUAGAAGUUCCUUGAAAGAAAUAGAACCAUAUUUGUUUGCUGAUGAAGAUUCACCUGUGCAUGGUGAUAUUAUUGAAUUUCAUGGUCCAGAAGGAACAGGAAAAACAGAAAUGCUUUAUCAUUUAACAGCACGAUGUAUACUUCCAAAAUCAGAAGGUGGACUGGAAGUAGAAGUCUUAUUUAUUGAUACUGAUUACCACUUUGAUAUCCUGCGGCUUGUUACAAUUCUUGAGCAUAGACUAUCCCAAAGCUCGGAAGAAAUAAUAAAAUACUGCCUUGGAAGAUUUUUUUUGGUAUACUGCAGUAGUAGCACCCAGUUACUGCUCACACUCUAUUCACUAGAAACUAUGUUUUGUAGUCACCCCUGUCUCUGCCUUUUGAUUUUGGAUGGCUUGUCAGCUUUUUACUGGAUUGACCGUGUCAAUGGAGGAGAAAGUAUUACCUUACAGGAGUCUACUCUGAAGAAAUGUUCUCAGUUCCUAGAGAAACUUGUAAAUGAGUAUCGCCUGGUUCUUUUUGCAACAACACAAAGUAUAAUGCAGAAAGCCUCAGACUCACCAGAAGGGCCUUCUACCUUUAAGAGUGAUACGGACAUAGACUAUAGACCCUAUCUGUGUAAGGCGUGGCAACAGGUGGUGAAGCACAGAAUAUUUUUCUCCAAACAAGAUGAUUCUAAAAGCAGCAACCAAUUUUCAUUAGUUUCACGUCAUUUAAAAAGUAACAGUUUAAAAAAACAUCUUUUUAUUAUUAGAGAAAGUGGGGUUGAGUUUUGUUGAUAUGUAUCAUAAAACAGUCUUUUGCAGGAUAUUAUGCAAGUCUUAAAAAGUUUUUUAUAGACUAAAGUGAUUUGAUUCUAAAGUUUUAAACUCUAGGGGGAUUUCUUAAACUAGUACAGUGAAACGUGAGACUAUUCUGUUUCUAGGCCAUUG